AUGGUUGCGAUUGGUACCACUACUUCGGCGUUAGGUGAACACAGAGUCGUGAAAAUAAAUUCCACAAACAAUCCAUUGGAAACGCCGUUCGUUAAUAAUCGGAUCGUAUCGAAUAAGUAUACACUAUGGAACUUCGUGCCGAAGAACCUAUUCGAGCAAUUCCGGCGGAUAGCGAAUUUUUACUUCCUGCUGACGUUGAUAGUCGCGCUCUCGAUCGAUUCGCCCAUUUCGCCGUUGACCAGCGCCUUGCCCUUAACGUUCGUCAUCCUCGUAACCGCGGGCAAGCAGGGAUACGAGGAUUAUCUGCGCUACAAGAUGGACCAGCGAGAUAAUCGCAGGUCGGUCACCGUUAUCCGCAAUAAAUGUUUGCAGGAUAUAUAUUGCGAGAAGAUAUUAGUGGGAGAUCUCGUGAAAGUCUCCCGAGAUGAAGACGUGCCGUGCGAUAUCGUUCUUCUUUACAGCGAAACGCCGGGAUGUUGUUACGUCACGACGUCCAAUCUCGAUGGGGAAACAAACUUGAAGACAUUGCAGAUCCCAAGAGUAGUUUCCAAGAUGGCACGCGAUGAAAUAGUGGGUGCGGAAGCAACGAUCACAUGCCAGCAUCCUCUGGCCGAUCUCUACACCUUCUUCGGCAAGCUCGAAGUUAACAAUGGCAACGAGAUAACUAGCGGACACCUGACGAUAGACAAUAUAAUGCUUCGUGGAUCACGAUUGAAAGACACGGACUACGUAAUCGGCUGUGCUAUUUACACCGGACAAGACACAAAGCUGUCGCUCAACUCAAAGAUCGUCAGCAAUAAAUUCUCGACUGUCGAAAAAUCUAUCAAUAAAUAUAUUAUCGUGUUUAUCAUAAUACUGUGCAUUGAAGUGUUGAUGUCAACUUUGCUGAAGCUAUACGUCGAAACCCAUGCGACAUGGGACAUUUAUUUUGGUUCGAAUUACAAAAUCGACUUUGGUCAGUUGUUGACGGAUAUCCUGAGUUUUACCAUCUUAUUCAAUUACAUCGUACCGAUAUCACUGUACGUCACUGUCGAAUUACAGAAAUUUCUCGGCUCCUUGUAUUUUGGCUGGGACAUAGACAUGUACGACAGAGACAAGGAUCAACCGUCACUCGCCAAUACAUCAGACUUAAGUGAAGAGCUCGGCCAGAUUGAGUAUUUAUUUACCGAUAAGACCGGCACGCUCACUGAAAAUCUAAUGGUGUUCAGGCGCUGUUCGAUCGACGGGAAUGUAUAUAUGGAGAAGGAUUGCGACGGAAGUCUUUACCUGCUACCGCAGAAUGGAAACGAAGAAGAAGCUGUGAAAAUAGCGACGUGGCAGGCGGAAAUUUGGCGUUUCAUGAUAAGCAUCUCGUUGUGCCACGUGGUGCAUAUCGCGCCGCCGAGUCAACGUCCAGUGAUAAUGGCCAGGCGCACAAUAUACCGCGAGAGUUUUCGGUCGAAGAAAAUCACCAGAGUCAACAGCUCGCUGUUGAUGCAUCCGGAUUUGCCGGAGUAUCAGGCGGCAUCGGCGGACGAAAAAGCGUUGGUGGAGGCGAGCGCCAGGUGUGGCAUCAUUUUCAACAAGGACACCAACGAGGAGAUGGAGCUCAAGAUCCAUGGAAAAGUGUUGGUCUUCGAGAAACUGGAGAUACUGGAGUUCAACUCUGAACGAAAGAGAAUGUCGGUAAUAGUGAAGGACGCAGAUGGCGAUAUCUGGUUGUACUGCAAGGGUGCGGACUCGGCCGUUUUUCCGUUGAUCGUUCAAGGGAGGGUCCAAGAAGCGACCACUCAUGUUGCCGAUUUCUCUAUGAGAGGCCUACGAACGCUGGUGAUAGCCUACAAGAAGAUGGAUCAGCUCGAGUACGAGCGACUGUUGGAAGACGUCGAACAGGCCCGACAGAUGAUCGGUAACGAGAGACGAGCUCACAUAACACGCGCGUAUGAUCGAAUGGAGAGCGGACUCACCCUGCUCGGAGUAACCGCGGUGGAGGAUUGCCUGCAGGACAACGUGCAGGAAACCUUGGAGAGUCUGCGAGUCGCAGGAAUUAAAGUAUGGGUUCUUACCGGAGAUAAGGCAGAGACUGCGGAGAACAUCGCUUUGCUCUGUGGUCAUUUUAAAAAAGGCACGGAUGUUUUGCGACUGAUGGGAAAGACUACGGAACAGUCGUGCUUCGAGACCCUGGCAUCGUUCGAGCGGAAAGUGAAUCAGGAUCCGCAUAAGCAAUACGGAUUGCUACUAGAUGGUACAAGCAUGGCCACGACGUUGCAAAAUUGCCCGGAUUUGUUGAAAACCGUCGGAAUGGCUUGCGAAGCGGUCGUUUGUUGCAGGCUAACGCCUUUGCAGAAGAGCGAGAUUGUGCGCCUGAUAAAAAACGCACGAAGCCGCCCACAUACCGCGGCUAUCGGCGACGGUGGUAACGACGUGUCGAUGAUACAAGAGGCGCACGUGGGAAUCGGGAUAUUGGGGAGGGAAGGUCGCCAGGCUUCCAUGUCGGCCGAUUUUGCGUUCUCAAAAUUUAUGUUCCUGAAAAAGGCAUUACUGGUGCACGGUCACUGGUAUUACCUGCGCAUCAGUAUCUUGACGCAGUAUUUCUUCUACAAAAAUCUGGCCUUCAUCACGCCCCAGGUAUUGUACGGCCUGCACAGCGGAUUUUCCACGCAGCAACUUUACGACGGCAUGUAUCUGAUGUGCUUCAACGUGUUGUUCACGUCGAUUCCGGUAGUGAUGUACGGAUUAUCGGAGCAGGACUACAACGCGGAACAGCUCAUGCAGUAUCCGUACUUGUACAAACUGUAUGGAAAGAAUUAUUUAAUGACGAAGGGACAGUUCGUGACAUGGGUGUUUCUGGGCUUGUGGCACGCGUGCGUGACUUAUUUUGUGGUCUACUACUUGACCUAUACCAAUUCCGCGUAUUUAUACGACAAUACAACGGUUGGACAGUGGACUUACAGUACGAUUAUUCUUCAUUUAAUCAUCCUGGUGGAAAAUAUACACAUAUUGCUACGUAGCUCCUACUGGACGAUAUGGUUCGUGCUGAGCGUAGUGCUGUCCGAAUUAUUGUUCUUCUUAUUCUCCUUUUGCUACUCGCUCGUACAAAGAAGAUACGAUGGCGACAUGCUGUGGGUCUACCAAAAUUUACUAAUGUCGCCCUCAUUUUGGCUAAUCACCUUAUUCGUCAUCGUUGUUUGCCUGAUGCCUGAUUAUUUAUUGUUGACAUACAAUACUUACAGACCGUUGAAAAUUCUUCGGAAAAAUGAAGAACAGCCACAACCUGCCGCAAGCACCAACAGCAGUAGGAAUAAAUGUUUCGAGGUAAUAAAGUAUAUGAGGUGUUUGACGGAAAUUGUACGUUGUCUACUUGAACUUUUUUCACGAUCGUGAUAUUUUAUAUAAUGACGACAAAAUAUAAAAAUGGCAUACCUUUAUCUCACUUUUAUAAAGUCAUAUAUCUCGAUGUUGGCAAUACGAAUAUAAUAAUUUUGCAAAAGAAGUUUUAAUCUCUGACCAUCAUUUUCUCCGUCAAAAAUUUUACGGCAAUUUUGGCUUUCGCGUCGACUGAAUAAGAGCUCAUAAAUCGUAGAUUUAUCGUACGUAUUUGUUUUUACGUGAUUUUCUUCAUUUUAAUGAAAUUUCAACCUCCGACCUCUUAGCACCCUCUAGAAAUUUUAUGACGCAGAAAUCGGAAUUAUCUUAAUAUGAUAAGAGCGCAUAAAUCAUACAUUUGCCGUACACAUGUUUGUUUUCACUGCGCUAAAAUAGCUCUUAGCGUGCGUCUGUAUUGUUCUGUUAGAAAUUUAAAAAAGAAACAAAUCAAUUGUUGCCAGGAACGUCGUGUGUUUCCAUGGAAGUGCUGCAUGUUCUUGCGGAAAAGUGAAUGACACGGUGAAAGUAUUAUUGUUUGGAAAUUUCGACCGAGUUUCAUUUCGGAAUUCGGCCGGCAGAUUGGUGAUCAACUUCAUACACACACUCACACACACAGGGAGAAUUCAUACAAUUACGGAAUUACUGAGAGACAUUUUAAGUGCUAGUUUCCCACAUGAUAUGUUAUACGGACAACAGAAAAGAAUUUUUUCGAUACAAUUCGAAACGCAAUUUUAUGCCCAAUGAAAGAACUUGUUAUUUAUUAAUUCGCAGAAGUUGAGAGGAUGCCAUAUUUGAAAACUUGCUGGCAAAAUAUAGACUUCUUUCUGCAAAGUUCACGUCGUAUUGGUUACACAGAAUUAUAAAUAGUUUUACACAGUGAAAAAUAUGCUCUAAUCGGGAAAAUUUCGAAGAAC